AAGACGCGUCUCAGAUAUCCGCGACGAUGAGCAUCAUCCCGAAUCCUCCGCGCUGGCAAGCUAGCGCUGAUCCUGGAUCCAUAGAUGUUCCAGGUCUCGACACUAAUGCAUCUGUAAAUGACCAGAUCGACCAGAUCGAACAGCUGAUAACCAUUAAACUUCAGAAUAUCGACACGAAUUUCUCGAAGAUUCAGAAUAUUAUGGCGACAAAACUACUACCAGCUGUGAAGCGAUAUGCCGUGAGCACUGAACCCGUUCGUGAAGCUGCAAAGUUCUGGACAUCGUUUUACGAGAAAGCCGCACAAGUACAUAUUCCUACGUAUGAGGAAUACUCCUCCUUGCAUGAACAGCAGUCAGAAGCAACAUCCCAAGCCGAAAAUUCCACCCGGCCCGACGCAGAGGAAUCUUUGUUCGAUACCGAAGAUGAUGAGACGCCUUCUCAUAAUCGCAAUCGCACUUAUGGUCCAAAUUCUACUGCAUCUGAAUCCUCUUUCAUGCCAUCAAAUGCAGUAUCAUCUACCCCAGCUCGUACUGGACUGUCUGGCAAUGAUACUGUGGAUGAUCAGCCUUCCUGGAGUGCAUCACUAGAAUCUCCACUCGUUCGGCUUGAUCGCGAGCUCCAGAAUUUUACCCUUGGGGAGGAUAGCAAGGCCUCAGCAGGCCAAGAUUCUACCUACAACAGCUUUGCUUAUGAAGAAGAAAACACUGUCCAGCAAUUUUUAGAUAAGGGAAAGUCAAGGGAUUAUUCGCGUGAAGACUCUGUCUCACAGGGUGCAUCGCGUCCCAAUUUUUCAUCCUCACGGGUUCCACCCAGUGUGCUCCCCACUCCUCGUGGCCUCCCGACUAGCGCAAGGGUAUCUCCAUUGAAAGUCAAGCCCAAGACACCUAUGGCAAUCCCACAACAUCUACAUGCAUAUCUUCCUCCACGCAAUCAUCCAGACCCCCCGCUGCCGUCGCCUAGGAGGCAACGGUAUCAGCGUUCUCCACAUAAGCCAUACCCCCCGCUGUCAUCGACUUCUAAUUCGUCAUCCAUGCUAGAUAUACCAUCUUUAACGAGACCAUCCGAUGACUCAAAUAGAUCAUUUGAUCAGUUUAACGACUCUUUCGAUGAUUCCGCAGAACUCAUGCGUGGUCUUUCACCACCACGAACGGUGGCAUUUCCCCGCGGACCGAGGUCUAGCGUGGGACUGGGCCUGCUACCUCCACUUGGUCGGACACCAGGCAAGGACUUACAUCAUGCAUUGGGAAGGACACCCAAGAAGGAAGCUGCAGAGCGUAUCCGUCGCGACCUUCUUGGAGAUGUUCAAUCUGAUCACAGUUCCGUCCGAAGUAGUGCUACCGUAGACCGGUUUGGUGGCUUCAAGAAAUUUGGUUAUUCCAUUCCAGAAGGCACAGAAGACACCAUGUCUACGAUCCCAACCCCACCAUCCAUAACACGAUAUACUCGCCAUACUUAUCUCGCUGAGCACGACAGCAACGAUGCGAGCUCAAGUUAUGCAAGGAUAAUGUGCAAGACAGGACUCAGCAUACCCGAAUCCACCUCUACAUCAAAAUCACAUUCCGUCGGAUCUCACCAAAGUCUUGAAACAGCGCGGCUUGCCCCCACUUCUCAACCACAGGCCCUCCACACCCCCGAUCCAUACCCUGACCUUUUCCAUUUUCAACAAGAAGAGCUCAGUACACUACAACCAUCUACUGCAUUCCUAAUGGCCUCCGCACGCAAUCAAGAUGCGGACGAUUCAUUCGGCUCGUCGAAUUCAAACCACUCCAUCGACUCGAUCGGAGAGGGCUUCGGCGACGAAGGCGGUGCAGUACAUCCAUUUGCGCGCGCCGUGGAGGACGAUGGGGAUGGAUUUGACGAUAGUUUUGAUUCUGUUGAUGGUGAUGUCGGUGGGUUGGAAGUGCAGGAAGAGACUGUAUUUGGUAUCCCCCCUGCGCAGCGCAAGCAUGGGAGAGGUCUUGCUGAGCUCAGGCUCCUAGGGGAAGAUCUUUUGCAAGAUACGAUUGGUAUCGGAAGUCAGCUGGCGAAAGCAGGGAGAAUUGAAGAGAGUCCGACUCCGUAUGGGAGGGUCUAGCUGUGUCUCAAUCAUACUACAAGCUUGCUUCAUACACAUUGUUUCGUCAGACUCAUAGGUGGUCCUAAGGCUCGGUUAGUAUCGACUUGAAAUUUCAAGUUCA